AUGCGAUCCUGGAAAUGUGCCGUGUCCGUAGUCAUGAGUCUGCUCAGUGCCCCGGGAGUCAUCGGGGCAACCGAGCCGGAGCGACUGGUGCCCCUGGCCAGGGGUGGCUCUUUGGAGUUCAUUCCCGUCAGGCCGAUCGCUACUACAAAAUACGCGGCAAGUUUUAAUCUCUCCGAAUCCUCUAAACCAGUCUCACUAGGGGAUCUCGAAGUUCCGUCCUGCCCGCCGGGCCAGCGGCCCGCUCUUCGGUUGACCUUUAACGCGACGAUUCCUUCGGGAACAGGGGCCCUCACACUACACCCGAGCAAUGGCCAAUCGGAUCUGAACUACCUUCUAGACAUCCAAACAUCCACCAAGUUGAACACCCGGGGUGUUAAAGAUCAGAACACCAUUUCCGCGUAUUGUAAUGAUUACAACGAUACCUUGCCCGCGCAGUCAUCUGAUCCGCCCUCCGAUUCAUCCAACCCCUACCUCUUCCUCCCGUCGCGCUUGCCCGUCGAGCCCGGCCAUGCAGCCCUCGCAGACGAUGCAAACGCCUUCGUCUGGUUUGCCGAGAGGCACUGGAAGCCGUACUAUAAGUGA